AUGAGAAGGACUGGCGUCCAACGUUCGACGUCAUCACAUUCUGAACCAUCACGUCGUUAUCAUAAUUUACUUUAUAUUCCACGUGAAUCAGGAUAUGACUCAUCGUCAGGUAUAUCGGCAUCAUCAACAGCAACACUUACUCCUAUUGAAUAUAUUAUAUAUCCUAUUGGAUUACGUAAGGGUCAAGUACGAAAAUUAGAAGAUGAUUAUCAAAGAUUUACUCAUAUAUACAAAGGAAUCAUAAUACGUUUGGAAAAAUUAGAUUCACUUUUAUCCGAUGCUGAACGUGUUCUUGAUUUAACAAGAAUAUCAACAGUCCAAGAAGAAUUGCGUAGUGUUCGUACACAACUUGAUGAAAUUCUUAAUCUCGGUCAAGAACUUGUAUCAAAAAGUGAAACAUACAGCAAACUUGUUGGUCCUGAUAUUGAAAAUAUAACACGAAAUUUCGAAGAAUUACAACGUCGUAUACGUGUUAUUCAGGAAAUACAGGAUAAACGUUUACGAGAACAACAAGCAACAACAACCACAACAAAUAAUAAUAGUAUUCAUAAUGAUCAACGUGAUGACGUUCGUCGAGAAUAUUAUUCCGAAAAACGAUACAAUCGUACUGAGCGUGAAUCACGUCAUCGAUCACCAUCAGAAUCAUCAGAUGUCAGCACUGCACAUGGUGUUGUUGAUGAAGAAUUUAAGAAAAAAUAUUUACGUUGUUUGGCUUAUAUGAAAUUAGUCGAACGUUUAAGUGACAAUCAACAAGAAACUGAUGAAGAUUCCGAUAUUAAACAUCGGAGAUUAUCUAGACGAGAACGAACGAUUCGUGAUCGACCAGAAUAUGAAGAGAUCGAAAGAAUCAUACGUGAAACAGAAGAACGUGCCUAUAUUAUCGAAAAAACAGAUGUUGAACAAGCACGUCGUAUCAGAGAGAAAAUUCUUCGACUUAGAGACUGUUUGGAGAAUCUUAAAACUCGUUCGACUCCCUAUCAAACUGACGAAGAAAUUAUUCGAUAUAAUGAACGAUGUCAAGAACAUAUUCGUACAAUCGAUAGAACAGUACCAAGAGAGCGGGAAAUGGAUUCCGAUUUCAUCUACGAUAUUGAUGAUGCACGUUCAGUAAUUAGUGAACCAGCACCAUGUUUUAAUACAAAAUAUCGCAAAACAGUUCAUUCACUUGAACGUUAUAAAGCCGAUGAUCAAACACGUUUUGCUCCAGCCUAUGAAGAAUAUCAAUUGCAACCAUUAUUACGUGUACGCAGUUUGAAAGCAAUGGAUCAUCGAACAUUGAGUGCACCAUCAUCACCAAUAUUACAACCACGUUAUCGUUCAUACGAACGUUCAAAUGUUCAAUAUACCAAACAAACGAAAAAUCAACAAGGUGGCCAAGAUAAUUAUCAAAGUUCAAUAUCGAAAUCGGCUAGUAUGCCAAAUGGUGGCUUUCCAAUGCAACAAAGUCUCUUACCUUAUCCACCGCCACCACCUCCGAACUUCUAUCCUCAACAACCUAUGGUCUAUCGUGAACGUGUUAUUGAUAGACAUGUGGCUGAAAAAAGUACAUCACGAGGUGAAUCUCAUCGUCAACAACAUCAAGAAUCAAGUGCUCAUGUUCAACAGCAAAAUCAACAUCCGCAACAACAACAACAACAACAAGUACGUAGUGCAAGUGCCAGUGGACAAACUCAAACAUUUAAUCGAUCGAUACCUGUUCAAUAUGAAACAUCGAGAGGUUUUCGAACAACAAAUGGUUUCUCACAAGAACAAACUCCAAAUUAUUUUUAUAAUGAGCAACAUGGAGGUGGAACUGACAGUUAUCGACAACAAACUAAUGAUCAACCAAUAUUUCCAUCACAAAGCGUUGGUCGUCAUCCGAAACGUAUUGUCAACUGA